CCCAUUUUUAUAUAAAAUGGUAUCGAACAGAGAUUAUGUUGUAAUUUGCAAUUUAGUAAAUCUAGCAGUAAGAUGUUCCGUAACAGCAUCGCCGUUUUUAUUUUCAUUUUAAGUGUAACUAUUUGUAUGACUACAAAUCCAUGUUCGGAAGGACCACAAGUGGAAAAGAACCCAUUAGAAUGUUGUGCUUUGCCAGAUCUGGUAGAACCCUCCAUAAUGAUGAACUGCUUCAGUAAAUGGGGAGAGCAAACGAAACGGCAAUCCAAAAUGGACGGAAUUCCACGUGGAUGUUGUGUUGCCGAAUGUGCUACAAACGCAACAAAACUCGUUAAAAAUGGAAAAAUCAAUCGUAAGGAAACCCAAAAAAUAUUUUUGGCCUCAUCGAAGAACAAUCCCCAAUGGCAUUCGAUAGUGAAGGACACGCUGGACGAAUGUUUUGCAGAAGCUGAUGCCAAUAAGGAAGAAAUUGAGGCCGGUGCCAAGUUGAAACCUAGCUACAAGGGCGAAAAGAUUUGCCACCCAAUCUCGGGUCACAUUAUUCGGUGCAUGAGGAUGAAAAUGUUCAACAAGUGCCCGGGAAAUGUUUUUCAAGAGAAUAACCAAGAUUGCAUGAAGUUGAGGCAGUACCACGCCAAGUGUCCACUGAAUUGAUUUCGCAUAAAGCUGUCACUAUUGUAUACAAAUCAGUACACCAAUUCACGAUCACAACAGAGUUAGUAGUGUAAUAAACCAACUUACACAAGCGGCUUGUCACGCAAUGAUAAUUGUUUGUGCGUGACGGUCAGCAAUCACAGUAUAAUUCAAUAAAAUAAUAGUUUAGAAAAUAUUUGAAAAUAUCUA